AAACAAUUCGUUUUUGACAGUAAAUAAGAGUUGAUUUCAACAUUUCAGCCAAUUCGCGAUUAGUAGCACGUUUUUACAAAAGAUUUGUAAAACAACAUAUUUUUGAAUAGUUUUGUUGCAAAAAAGUGACUGCAAUGACCAGCAAGAAGUUAAAAGUCGAAGGGCAAGAAGACGAUGAGGCGCAGCAGCAGAUGGAAACGAAGAGCGAUAGUGGCGACGAUUCCAGCGAUGAUGAUAAUCCGGACAUUUACAAAGGGGAUGAGGGUAUCACCGUCGAUUUCGAAGGUCGCAACCCGAUCGAUUCGGAUUUGGACGGAAUAAAGCAAAUGCUCGGGCAAGUGUUUGUUAAAGCACACAUUGAUUUAACCGAACUGUCGGAAAUUAUUGUUGGUCAAAACUACGUAGGCAGUGUCCUUAAGCAGGCAUACAACGACGAGGAUGACGAUGAUGAGGAUGAAGAUAUGGAAGACCCUUGUCAAAUUGUUUUUGGUGUCACGACGGCCAUCAACAUCUCCAACAAACAAGAUCAGACCUGCAUCAAGCAGUUGCAGAAAAUGCUUUUCGAGAAGGCAGAGAAAUAUGCUACAGAUGCGGUGCUUCAACAAUUUCGGGACGCACUUCAGAGUGGAACCAAAAACACCGCUCUGCUGCUAAACGAACGAUUUGUCAACAUUCCUGCUGCUGUCUGCGUUCCGAUGUUUGAGAACAUGCUGGUAGAGAUCGAUCGUGCCAAAGCGAAAGGGAUGCCGUACAAGUUUGACUAUUUUCUUAUGUUCGUCAAGUAUUACCAGAAGGCGGCUACCGGUACCAAGUCGGCUGAAGUGUUGUACUCGAACGACGAGGAAGAGUACUUCAUUAAAGAUUCCGUGGCCAGCUUUGACUACUCGGUACAGAAAGAAACCACGACAGCCCUAGCCGGAAACUGGCUAGAGGAAGACGAAGAGCUGCAACCGUUUCGGAAGGUGCUGCUGAUUGAAGCCAGCAAACUGCCGGAAACUAUUAAUACGGUCAAGAGUUUGAUUGCUAGUGCAACUAGUAAUUAAGAUAUAAAAUGUAGAAUAAAAGAUGGGUGAAUUUCAUAAAAAUA